AUGGCUUCAACAUGGGACGACAAGGAGGCGCCUCUCCUUUCGCGUUCUUCUUCCGAAGAUCUGGAGGCCAAUCAUUCUAAGAAGACCCGUUCAAGCGUCGAGCUCGAGUACCGCACCUCGACCACCGAGAAAUUCGUUUGGCUGAGCGCGUACCUGUUGUUCGGCAUGCUGCUGACGAUAUACAAUAAACUGGUUCUACAAAAGGUAAAAGCCCUCUUUAACUGCCCCUGGUUUCUGACUGGCAUGCACAGCGCCUUCGCCUCCGUUGGCACGCUGGUCUUGCUGAAACUGGGCUACUUCAAACUAUCGACCUUGUCGCAGCGCGACCACUGGUCUCUGUUGGCGUUUUCCAUGCUCUUUACCGUCAACAUUUGGAUGUCCAACGUCUCGCUGUCUCUGGUCAGUCUGGCGUUCUUCCAGAUCAUCCGUAACACCGCACCGGUGUUCACCGUUCUCCUCUAUCGUGUCUGGUACUCGCGCUCUUACUCCCUCGCGACGUACGUUUCCUUGCUCCCGAUUAUUGUCGGGGCCGCCAUGACCACCAUGGGCGAGUACCAGUACUCGGCAAUCGGCUUGAUUGUUUCGAUCGCGGGGGUUGUUCUGGCUGUGAUCAAGACCAUCGUGACCAACCGUCUCAUGACCCAAAGCCUCGCCCUGCCCAUGAUGGAGCUCCUCUUCCGCAUGUCCCCCUACGCCGCGCUGCAAUCCUUCAUCAUCGGCGCCUUCUCGGGCGAGGUCGCCACCUUCAAGCAGGCCAUGGCCAGCCGUACGACCCCCACCCUCCAGUGGACAGGCUCGUACACCACCGAGAUCGCUCUCUUCCUGUUCUUCAACGGUCUCCUCUCCUUCCUGCUCAACAUCUCUUCCUUCCAGACCAACAAGGUUGCCGGCGCCCUCUCCAUCUCGGUUUGCGGAAAUGUCAAGCAGACCCUCACCCUUGCGCUGGGAAUCUUCUUCCUCGGGGAUUUCUUGAUCGACUUCCAGAAUGGAACAGGUAUCCUUCUCGUGAUACUCGGGUGUGCUUUAUAUAGCAAGGCGGAGCUGGACUCCAAGAAACGCCAGAGCUUGUCGAAUUUGGCUGAGAAAUAG